AUGCCCGCGACGCAAAUCUAUAUCCGACCAAAUACAGAAAUCGACAACAAGCUGAAAGAGACCUUUGCCGAACACAAGGGUGGCAAAAUUAUUCUGCUACUAGAAGCAUCAACGGAUAUUGAGACCGGAGAUAGCUGGGAUGAGUCUUGCUGUAAAGUCGAAAGUAUGUUGGAACCUCUACUCGAAGAAUCUCCCGAAUCAACAAUAUUUAUGAUGGUGGAGGUCGGAAACAAGGAUGCGUGGGAAGAAGACUCAAAUAUUUUUAAAAAGCACAAAGUUUUCCAGUUGAAAGCCAUUCCAACUCUUGUUGUUUUGACAUCGCCGGAAUCCGUGGUUAAACGCAUAGAAGGUCCAGCUUGCCUAGAUGAAAAAGAGCUUUCUGAGCUUUUCAAUUGA